AUGGGCAGCAGCAAGGAAGGAAAGAUCAAAUCGGCUCCGGCUUACACGAUGACCGGACGCGAAAAGCCGCCACUGAUUCCGGUGUUCAUCUUCCCCGGACCCGGCUACUACGAUGGCGAGUAUACGGUGGUUAAGUCCAAGCCGCCAGUCUACUCGAUGCGUGGCAAGUUCAAGAUGCUGAGUGAUGACAACAAGCCCGGACCCGGAGCCCAUUGUCCGGAGAAGUAUUGGGAGAAGCGAUCGCCCCCGGCCAUAUCCUUUGGAAUUUUGCACUCCAAGUAUUGCAAGAAAACCACAAUGGUUAAUCUCUCCCAUGUGCCCGCCUAUAGCUUUGGGAUCAAGCACUCGCAGUAUCUGGGUCGUUUAAACGAGAAGAACUCUGAGUACGACUAUAGCUUUUCGGGAAUCUGCUGA